UGGUUGUUUCAUUGUUUUCAUGAUUGCUAGGCCUAUACUCAUCGGACGGUAAUUCAGUCUCGUCUUCUGACAGUAGAAGUUCUGCGGAAGUUUCUUGGCAUUUUUCUGAAGAUACGGUAUCCUCUGUUGUCGGAGAAUGCUGCUCAUUUUGAAGAAAUACCAUAUUUUUAUGUCUCUCAGAUUGUAUGUGCCGGUGAAAAAAUGCUUUUCUAUUUGUUUGAUAAUUGCAUACAUUGCAAUUCAAGUCUUCUGCGGGAUCCGCGCCCGCCAUCAUUGUUUACAUUGGUUUCACUGAGAACCGUAGGGGUGUAUCGUAGCAAUUUUCAUUGACGCACUAUUGCGUUUACCAAGUUACGCUUGAAAAGGAGACCUAACAAAUAUUGUAAACGUUAUUAAAUAUAAAACACAACAAGUGAUAUAUUUUAUCGGAAGUGAGUUUUAAAUAAUGCGCAAGUCGAAGAUACACGAAUACAACAUCCCUUACGGACCCCUUUAGAAGCAGACGUCAUAAGGGAAAAUCCGAAGAUGAUAGACGCAUUUGCGGUGAGUUAUAAAUAGGUCCAAAACAAAUGUCAGCUGUGUUUGACGUGUGUUAUUGUAUUUGAAAAUGAUAUUUACAAAUGGAUUCCCAAGAGACUAUUCCUGAGACGGAGUCACUUGCAGGUGGUUCCCAGGAUCUUUUCCUUAAUCCUCCGGCCAGUAUCAGGAAUGACAGAACAGAUGAAAUAAUUAGAAAAUUGGACAAGCUCACAGGUGACGUUGCCCUUUUGCGAAGAGAAGUGGCAGAGCUGAGGGGCAAGUCACCUGCGUCUGCCACCAGUAAAGCAUUCAACAUUAACACGGCUUCAUGCAAGAGGAGGUUCAACCUGUAUUUAAGAAGUAGGUUCUCAUGUCGCCCAUGGCUGGAAGUCAAAAGUGAUGACUUUAAGAAUGAAGUUCACACUUGCCUGGCCAUGGACGACAUGAGAACCAAUCCUGCAGCAUUCCAGGAAAUGGUCUCCCAUUCAUUACACAAAUUCACGGAGCUCAGGAAUCAAUUUAGGAGAAAGAUUCUGGCAGACAAACAAAGUAUCCCUUGUAAAGGCCUUGGAGAGCUGUGCUAUGACAUCUUUCACAGCUACUCCAAGGCCGAUGAAUGCACCCUGUCCCAGGAAAGGAUGCAUGCAACAAUUCUGUUGAGACACUUUCUUCACAAGAAGAGGUACUUUAACGAUGGAACUUCGGCAUCUUUCUGGGCGGAAUUUAGGUCUUUUUGGGAAGAAAUUGAAAAGGAUGGAAGGCCUCAGAAAUGGGAAAGAUUAGAAGAAAUUGAUAUGAGGAGAACUGAAAGGGCAAGAGGAAACUCUGGAAACACUGAAGAGUGACUGUUUAGUGUUACUGUAAAGAAAAAUAAAUCAGAAUUUAAAUUGUGAAAAUUU